AUGGCGCAAAAGUACAAGCGCUACCAAAGCGACGAAGAUGUGGCAGCAAAAGUUCCCAACCGCAUCGAGUUCACCUUGGUGCAAAAGAGCCUCGACACGCAGUUCGGCAUGUCGUUCGUUGGUGUUCCCGAGUGCGGCACCAUCGGCGUGCGCCUCAAGGUGGAGCAGGACUCGAUUGCCGAAGCCGUCGGCAUGGUGUCGGGUUUGGGUCUCGUCGGCUACAAGGACGCCGCGGACCGCGAGUACACCGAAGAAAUCGUCGGGGCCCCUCUUAUCGCAGAUCCUCUGGCCAAUUACCCUCGCGUCUACACGUUGCGCUUUUGCACCAAAGCGUUGAAGGUGUCCCACUCGCUCAACGCGCUCAUUUGGAUCCGAUGCCAGCGACAAGAGUACGCGAGGACCGAGGCGGUCAUCAAGUUGAUGCAUUCGCGCGCGACCAAGCACGUGGGUCAUGCUCCGGCCAAGCUAGCCAGUGCCUUGGGCACGGUUUCUCUCGCCGCUGACGAUGACCAGUUGCUCAACGCCGCCAAGAUGGCCGUGAAAAAGAAGCGAAGCCGCGAGACCAGCGAAGAAGCCAGAGAGCGAACACUCCCAUGA